CCUCGCAAACGAAUAGCGCAAAGCCGCAAUUAGCCUCUCAGCCAGCCAGACAGUCCUCUCGUCCUCCCGAGAAAAACAGCGGCCGCGUUCCGAUCUAGCCCAAGACUGUUCCGUGGUUUCGUUCUCCAUUCCAUCCGCGCCACCGUAGCAGCAAGCAUGUGUCCCGGCGGCAAGUACGCGGGCCUCGACCACCCCGCCGGCGCGGGUGACCUGCGGCCGGCGUUCGACGUGCUGGACGCGGACCGCGACGGCCGCAUCAGCCGCGACGACCUCAAGUCCUUCUACGCCACCGCCAACACCGGCGCCGCCGCCACCAGCGACGACGACAUCGCUGCCAUGAUCGCCGCCGCGGACGCCGACCGCGACGGCUUCGUGCAGUACCACGAUUUCGAGGGCCUCCUCGCCCCCGCCUCCACCAAGGGCACCGCCGCCGCCGCCACGUCCGCGAUGGAGGACGCGUUCCGCCUCAUGGACCGCGACGGGGACGGCAAGGUGGGCUUCGAGGACCUCAAGGCCUACCUCGGCUGGGCCGGCAUGCCGGUCGACGACGACGAGGUCCGCGUCAUGAUCAGCGUGGCUGGCGACGGCGACGGCGGCGUGGGGCUCCAAGCGCUCGCCAGAAUACUCGCCGUGGACUUUGAGGCCGCCGCCUAAAAUAAUCGAACGGACUGUAAAGCACUGAACUUGAUUUUUUGGGACUUUUUCCCCGAAAUUUGGUUGGUGGGAUUGGGAUGAGGCAACUGAUUGUUGAUUCAGCGGUUCUCGUGACUCGUGAGUUUUGUCUGUACUACUGUAUCCUAGUAGUAGCUGUUACCCCUUAAUUAAAGAAAAUUAAUCCUGCA